UUUACAAUGGAAUCCCUGGAUAAAACAAUCAAUAGCUAUCUGGAUGUUUGGCUUGGACCAAGAGAUCCCAGAGUAAAAGGGUGGCUUCUCCUGAGUAAUUACACACCUACCUUUAUUUUUUCUGCCUUAUACUUACUAAUCGUAUGGUUAGGACCAAAGUACAUGCAGAACAGACAGCCGUUCUCAUGCAGGGGUAUUCUAGUGGUCUAUAACCUGGGACUUACGUUGCUCUCCCUUUAUAUGUUUUAUGAGCUGGUGACGGGAGUAUGGGAAGGAGGAUACAAUUUCUUCUGUCAGGAUACGCACAGUGGAGGUGAAGCUGAUAUGAAGAUCAUACGUGUCCUCUGGUGGUACUACUUCUCAAAGCUCAUUGAAUUCAUGGAUACCUUCUUCUUUAUUUUACGGAAAAAUAACCACCAGAUCACUGUUCUUCACGUCUACCACCAUGCAAGUAUGCUGAACAUUUGGUGGUUUGUUAUGAACUGGGUGCCUUGCGGCCAUUCCUACUUCGGUGCUACUCUGAACAGCUUCAUUCAUGUCCUCAUGUAUUCCUACUAUGGGUUAUCCGUGGUUCCAUCCAUGCGUCCCUAUCUCUGGUGGAAGAAGUAUAUCACUCAGGGGCAGCUGACUCAGUUUGUCCUGACCAUCUUCCAGACGAGCUGUGGGGCUGUGUGGCCGUGUGCAUUCCCUAUGGGAUGGCUGUACUUCCAGAUAGGCUACAUGAUCUCCUUAAUAAUCCUCUUCACCAAUUUCUAUAUUCAGACUUACAACAAAAAGGCAGCCUCCAGAAGGAAAGAGUAUCAGAAUGGCUCCACAGCUGCUGUGAACGGGUACACAAAUAGCUUUUCUUCCCUCGAGAACAAUGUGAAGCAAAGAAAACAAAGGAAGGAUUGAAGAUCAAACUGAGAAGCCAUUUUGAAAUUCCAGGCAACAACAACAAAAUCAUCUGAUUGUAAGCACAGUACAAGUUGUGCACUGAUAACUCUUGACAGCUACUGUAACUAUUCCUGCCUAGAAUAGUGGCGAUUUAUGUAGGACUUAACCAGUGCAAAACAUCCUAGAAACUAUCAAGUAGGCUAAAGUCGUGGAUGAUGAUGAUAAGUUUUGGGUGGUCACAGACCCAAGUAUAAACUGUGGAAGGGAGUAUUAUUGUAGUGUGAGUGUGUGCGCGUGCGUGUGUAUAUAUAUGUAUAUGUAUGUGUGUAUAUAUAAUAUACAUAUAUAUAAUGACACUUCUGUUGCCUUACUAGUCAAUGAUAGGUGCUGAAUUAAGAUUCACAAUUUCAGAACACUGUAAUCCAAAUUCAUAU